ACGUUAAAUUUAUCAUUAAUUAGACAAGAAUGAUCAAUUUGACAUGUUUUAAGAGUUAAGUGACCAAUCUAAAUUCAAGGGACAAAAAGACUAUUUUGCCAAAAAAAAUUCUUUUACAAUGUUAAGAAUAUUAAAACCUUUGGUAUUUGCAAUUGGUAUUUUCAUAUUCUUAAUUUUGGUAUCAUUCCAUGUUAGUUUGUCUUAUUUUUUCAUUUUCUUUGAACUCAUUUUCCUUCUAAAUAUAUGUAGAGGCUCAAUUUCUUUAUAUAUGCACGGAAUGACUUUUCAAAUAAAAAGGAAUGUUCUCAUGAAUACUUUCUUGUGGGGCUCUUUUCUUUGCAUCUUAAUGACAAGUCGGAGUACCGAAACUGAUAUCUUAUGUUUAAAAUCCAUUAAGAAUUCCUUAGAAGACCCAAAUAAUUACUUACAAAGUUGGAACUUCAACAACAAAACCGAAGGUUUCAUAUGUAGGUUCAUUGGAGUUGAAUGUUGGCAUCCUGAUGAGAAUAGAGUACUAAAUCUUAAACUAUCUAACAUGGGGUUGAAGGGUCAGUUUCCACGUGGCAUUGUCAACUGCUCUUCUUUGACAGGCUUAGACCUUUCAAUCAAUGAGCUCUCAGGAACCAUUCCAUAUGAUAUAUCAGUCAUACUUCAUUAUGUGACCACCAUGGAUCUGUCUAAUAACAAAUUCACCGGUGAAAUUCCAAUAGAUUUAGCAAACUGCACUUACCUUAAUGUGAUUAAACUUGAUAACAACAUUUUAAGCGGUGAAAUUCCAAAAGAACUAGGCCAACUUACCAGGCUGAAAGUGAUUUCUGUUGCUAACAAUAAUGGACUUUGUGGAGGGUCUUUGAGACCUUGCUUCUUGACAAGUGACAAGCACGGAUAUUUUCAUCAAUCAUUCAAGGAUGGUCUUAUUGUUGGUUAUGUUUUUGCACUCAUUUGUUUUGUUAUUAUCAAUUGUAUGUUCUACUUCAAAUAUGGACAUUGGGUGCAUCUAUUGAAGAUGAAGAAAAACAAAACAAUAGAAUUGGGCAAAUAUAUUUGCUCCAUCAUCAGUAUGAGGAAACAAAUGGUAGUUAAUCAGAUACAUGAAUUGCUACAAAUGUGGUGGGCACACAGAGAAAUUAAAGAGAUCUCUGUACUAUAUGAAAGAUUGUCCUCGACAAUAUGGAUGGAAGAACUGCAUUAUGCAACAGAUUGUUUCUCUAUGGAUAAUGCCAUCGGGGUAGGAAAGAUGGGAAUGAUGUAUGAAGGAUUUAUGCCUAAUGGUACUUUAUUAGCUAUUAAGAGAUUGUUUGACUAUCGACUAUUUAAAAGGCAAUUCCUUUUAGAAACAACGAUUUUGUGCAAGUACAGGCACAAAAAUAUAAUUCCCUUACUUGGGUUCUGCAUUGAAGGAAAGGAAAGGCUUUUGACAUAUGCAUACAUGUCAAAUGGAAGGCUUUCCAAAUGGCUGAAUCCUUUGGAAAGUGAAGUCAUAAGAUUGAAAUGGCAUGACAGGGUCAACAUUGCACUUGGAAUUGCAAGAGGGUUAUCAUGGCUACAUCAUAUUUGUGAUUUGUGCGUAGUACAUUUGAAUAUUAGUUCCGAAUGUAUAUUGCUAGACGAGAAUUUUGAACCCAAAAUAUCCAAUUUUGGAGAGGCAAAAUUUAUGAAUCCCGACACAGAAGAUCAUCUAGGGAGGAUGUUUAAAGCGAAUGAUGGGAAGAAGGAUGUCUAUGACUUUGGAAGUGUGCUCUUUGAAUUGAUUACAGGGAAGACUUAUAAUGAACUAUCUCAUUCAUACGACACUAGUAAUAUAUGUGGUGACCCUUUGAGUUUUUAUAAUGUAAUUGAUAAAUCUCUAAGCGGUGAAGGACUUGAAAAUGAAGUUUGUACGCUUCUAAAGAUUGCUUGUGAGUGCGUAAAGGCUUUACCAAACCAAAGGCCAACAAUGCUUGAAGUUUACAACAAUAUAAGCAAUUUAAGGAAGGGACGAGAUGGCUCUAGUGAUGAUUCUUACAUGUUAAGGGAGUUAGAACUUGCUUCUUCUAUUACUAAAGAUGAAACUAUUGAGUUUUAAAAAUUAGACCAGGUUUACGCAUACAUGGGUUUUGUUAUGUUGGCAAAUGGGAUGUUACUCUGAGGAUCAUUGUAAUAAAAAGUUGUAUUUCUCUCUAAAUAAUAUUACUUAAUUUUUCAAAA